CCGCCCCUGAGACACCGGCGGCGAGAAAGUUGCGGCGGUCGCCCACAUGCGCGGCCGCGGCCGGCGGCUUGGGGAACGGCGCCGAGCGGAGGUGGGCGAAGAGAGUUUGAAGCGCUCGCCGGCGGGAAGAUGGCGGAGCGGAGCUGAGAGCGGCGCCCGGCGAGCUCGGGCUGCCCCCGCCUUCCUCCGCAGCCCCCCGGACCCCCGCCGGACACAUGCAGGCCAAAAAACGCUACCUGACGCUGCUCUCUGCCGGCACCUGUCUUGCCCUGCUGCUCUACCUGGGAGGUGUGCGGCUGCGGGCGGCCCGGCACCCGCCGCCCGGUAGCCGGCAUGGCCCGCGCCCCGGCGGCGCCGAGCGGCCCUGGCCCCGCUUCCCCGACGCCCUGCGGCCCUUCGCGCCCGCCGAGCGCCCGGGCCCCGAGGGCGGCGGGCGCGUCUCCCCCCGUCAGCGGCGGGACGCCAGCGCCGGCCUCUACCGCGGGCGCCGCUGCCGCAUGGAGUCCUGCUUCGACUUCGCCCAGUGCCGGAAAAACGGCUUCAAGGUCUACGUGUACCCGCAGCAGAAGGGGGAGAAGAUCGCUGAGAGCUACCAAAACGUCCUGGCCGCUAUCGAGGGCUCCCGGUUCUACACCUCGGACCCUGGGCAGGCCUGCCUUUUCGUCCUUAGCCUGGACACGCUGGACCGAGACCAGCUCUCGCCCCAGUAUGUGCACAACCUCCGCUCCAAGGUGCAGAGCCUCCACCUGUGGAACAACGGCAGAAACCACCUAAUUUUUAAUUUAUACUCCGGCACCUGGCCCGACUACACUGAGGAUGUGGGGUUCGACAUUGGCCAGGCUAUGCUGGCCAAAGCCAGCAUCAGUACUGAAAACUUCAGACCCAACUUUGACGUUUCUAUCCCGCUCUUUUCUAAGGAUCAUCCUAGGACAGGAGGGGAGAAGGGAUUUUUGAGGUUUAACACCAUCCCUCCUCUCAGGAAGUACAUGUUGGUAUUCAAGGGGAAAAGGUACCUGACGGGGAUAGGGUCAGACACCAGGAAUGCCUUAUAUCACGUCCAUAACGGAGAGGAUGUUGUCCUCCUGACCACCUGCAAGCAUGGCAAAGACUGGCAAAAGCACAAGGAUUCGCGCUGCGACCGAGACAACGCCGAAUACGAAAAGUAUGAUUACCGUGAAAUGCUGCACAAUGCCACUUUCUGUCUGGUUCCCCGUGGCCGCAGGCUUGGCUCUUUCAGGUUUUUGGAAGCCUUGCAGGCUGCCUGCGUCCCGGUCAUGCUCAGCAACGGAUGGGAGCUGCCGUUCUCGGAAGUGAUUGAUUGGAACCAAGCUGCCAUCAUAGGCGAUGAGAGAUUGUUAUUACAGAUUCCUUCUACAAUCAGGUCUAUCCAUCAGGAUAAAAUCCUAGCACUUAGACAGCAGACACAGUUCUUGUGGGAGGCUUAUUUUUCUUCAGUUGAGAAGAUUGUAUUGACUACACUAGAGAUUAUUCAGGACAGAAUAUUUAAGCACAUAUCACGUAACAGCUUAAUAUGGAACAAACAUCCUGGAGGGUUAUUUGUACUGCCACAAUAUUCCUCAUAUCUGGGAGAUUUUCCUUACUACUAUGCUAAUCUUGGUCUGAAGCCUCUUUCCACAUUCACUGCCGUUAUCCACGCAGUAACUCCCCUGGUUUCCCAAUCUCAGCCUGUGCUGAAACUCCUGGUUGCUGUAGCCAAGUCCCAGUACUGUGCACAGAUUAUUGUUUUAUGGAAUUGUGAUAAACCCCUCCCAGCCAAACACCGCUGGCCUGCCACUUCUGUGCCUGUCAUAGUCAUUGAAGGAGAAAGCAAGGUUAUGAGCAGUCGCUUCCUACCCUAUGACAACAUAGUGACAGACGCAGUGCUGAGCCUGGAUGAGGACACCGUGCUUUCAACCACUGAGGUGGAUUUUGCCUUUACAGUUUGGCAGAGCUUUCCAGAGAGGAUUGUAGGCUAUCCUGCACGCAGUCACUUCUGGGACAACACUAAGGAAAGGUGGGGGUAUACCUCCAAAUGGACUAAUGACUAUUCCAUGGUCUUGACAGGAGCUGCUAUUUACCACAAAUAUUAUCACUACCUGUACACUCAUUACCUGCCUGCCAGCCUAAAGAAUAUGGUGGACCAACUGGCCAAUUGUGAGGAUAUUCUAAUGAAUUUUUUGGUGUCAGCCGUGACUAAAUUGCCUCCAAUCAAAGUAACACAGAAAAAACAGUAUAAGGAGACCAUGAUGGGACAGACGUCCCGGGCCUCGCGCUGGGCCGACCCCGACCACUUUGCCCAGCGGCAGAGCUGCAUGAACACUUUUGCCAGCUGGUUUGGCUAUAUGCCGCUGAUCCACUCGCAGAUGAGGCUCGACCCCGUCCUCUUUAAAGAUCAGGUCUCCAUCCUGAGGAAGAAGUACCGAGACAUCGAACGACUCUGAGGCCGCUGCUGAGGGGGCCGAGCCGCCCUCGCCCGUGGGAGCCGGACUGUGGCGCCGGCAGCGAGCGCCCGCCCCGCCGGCCGCGCCCGCGGCUCCGCCCCGCCCGACCCGACCGCCGGCACCCGCUGUCGCUGGGACUAGGUCGUGUACAGUUUCAUUAUGGAACAUUAAAUAAUUAUUUUUGAAAUGAUUGCUAUGCAGGUUUAAACUUUUUUAAUGAUCAAAAAAAAAAAAAAACCCUAUUAAAAACAGAGUUCUUUCUUUAAUCAAAA